GGUUUGUGGCGGGAUUCGGAAACUGCCGAUGCACCGCCGGCCUGCUCUCGACGUUCUGCGCUGCGUGCGCCGCCGUACUCGGUAGCGCCCCUCUCGCUCUUCGACCCUGUCCGAUAGCGUCGCCCAAGCGUUGGGAGAGCUGUUCGCAGUCUCGACCAUGCUUCGCGAUAGCCAUGUCGUAUCCACUGAAGCAGCCGCCGAGGCCAGUGAGUGCUCCUGCGUAAUCAAAAGGUCGCUCGCUCGCCUUCCUUUCAUACUCGUGGAGAUGCCUCGAAGGAAACUCGAUAGUUGCAGAGCCUACUACGGCUGCGCUGUCUGCACGACAGGACCAGCCUCCUCCGCGCACUGCUUGCGCUCGUGCGGUGCCUCCCGCCCGAGAUCGUCGCCGAGAUUCAGGCUACAUCGUGCAUUCCUGCCCGGAGAUGAAGGGAUGCGGCGCCCGGAACCGUGGCUUUGGUCUCCGAGGGAUUCGUGGAGGGAAUUUGUGAGGGAUAGCCUGCGCGAUGCGAGAUCUCUGAAGCUUGAUUCCACUGAAUCGGUCUGCGACCUCACUUGCUCUAAUACAUGUCACAUCUUACGUAGACGUAGUGCUAGAAAGGUGUCCUUAUGAGAAGCUGCCCUUGAGGCACUCGCCGAGUGCUCGUCCGUC